UUCAGUUUCAGUGUAGCCACCGUUCGGAGAGCACGCGAUCCGAUCCCCGCACCAAAUUCUCAUCUCCGUAUCCCCAAGAUGUCCCUAGUGCGAUUGAUCGGAGCUGAGGCCCGCCAUCUGGCAAAGAGGUCCUACUCCUCAGCCGCUCCCACCACCAAGCUCUUCAUCGACGGCAAGUUCGUUGAGUCGAAGACGAACGAAUGGAUUGAUGUGCACGAUCCAGCCACCAACCAAGUGGUCACCCGCGUGCCCAAGGCCACACAGGCGGAGAUGCAGGCGGCCCUUGAGUCGAACAAGAAGGCUUUCCGCUCGUGGAGCAACCAGUCGGUCCUCACCCGCCAGCAGGUGAUGUUCAAGCUGCAGGCUCUCAUCAAGGAGAACAUGGGCGAGCUGGCCAAGAACAUUACCAAGGAGCAGGGCAAAACCUUGGCCGACGCAGAGGGCGACGUGCUCCGCGGCCUUCAGGUGGUGGAACAUUGCUGCAGCAUCCCAUCUCUGCAGAUGGGCGAAACAGUAGCCAACGUGGCCAGGGACAUGGAUACGUACUCACUGGUGCUGCCCCUCGGAGUAACCGCUGGAGUUGCGCCGUUCAAUUUCCCGGCCAUGAUACCGCUGUGGAUGUUCCCGGUGGCCAUCACCACCGGUAACACUAUGCUGCUGAAGCCAUCGGAACGUGUGCCUGGUGCAACCAUGUUGCUGAUGGAGCUUCUUAACGAAGCUGGCUGUCCGCCGGGUGUCGUCAACGUAAUCCAUGGCCAACAUGACGCUGUGAACUUCAUCUGCGAUGCUCCCGAAAUUAAGGCAGUGUCCUUUGUGGGCUCAGACCAGGCAGGCAAGUACAUUUACGAGCGGGCUGGCAAGAAUGGCAAGCGGGUGCAAUCCAAUAUGGGCGCUAAGAACCACGGCAUCAUCUUGGGCGAUGCCAACAAGGAGAAUACUUUGAACCAGUUGGCAGGUGCCGCCUUUGGAGCUGCUGGUCAGCGUUGCAUGGCCUUGUCCACGGCUGUCUUUGUCGGCGACGCCCAGGCAUGGAUUCCCGAUCUGGUGGAGCGUGCCCAGAAGCUGAAGGUAAAUGCCGGCCAUGUGCCUGGAACUGACGUGGGACCCGUGAUCAGUGCUGCCUCACGCCAACGCAUUAAUGACCUGAUUGAGUCUGGGGUCAAAGAGGGAGCUAAGCUCAUCCUGGACGGCAGGAAGAUAACCGUGCCCGGUUACGAGGAUGGAUACUUUGUGGGACCAACCAUCCUAAGCGAUGUUACGCCCAGCAUGAAGUGCUACACUGAGGAGAUCUUUGGCCCUGUGCUGGUCAUCCUGAAGGCUGACACCCUGGACGAUGCCAUUGGCAUUGUAAAUGCCAAUCCUUAUGGAAAUGGUACCGCCGUCUUCACUACCAAUGGAGCGGCAGCCCGCAAGUUUGUCAACGAAAUCGAUGCCGGUCAGGUUGGCGUGAAUGUGCCAAUUCCCGUGCCCCUGCCCAUGUUCUCCUUUACCGGAACUCGUGGCUCUUUCCGCGGCGACCAUCACUUCUAUGGCAAACAGGGUAUCAAAUUCUACACCCAGACGAAGACGGUAACUCAGUUGUGGCGCGAAACGGAUGUGACCCACACCCAAGCGGCUGUGGCCAUGCCCACAAUGAAAUAGGCAGAACCUGAAAAGAUUCUGGAGAAGAUUCAGAUGAAAUGUUCCACGUAUUGAAUUUCUGGAUGCUUGCACACAGGACGUAUUUAGAAACUAGAUACAAAGAAAUUAUUGCAUUUAUUUUUGUGCCUGUUUAUUAGAUUUAAGACGAUUAGAUUCAAGUGUAGCUUGAAAAUAAUGAUUGUAAAUGAUAAAAAUAAAACGAUUAUUAAAGUA